AUGACAGUGAGCCAUGUUCCCCACAAGUCCCACGACCCAGAUCGGGGGGAACUCCCAGUAUCACUAGAUCACUCCUCGCCGACCUGCGAAUCCGAAGAGGACUGGGAUAUAUCCGAGGAGUUAAAGGCACGUAGGAAAGUCGAUCGCUCUACUCUUCUUCUGCUCUUCCUGGGACUCUUAGUUUUCCAGCUCGAUCGUAUGAACCUGGCCAGCGCUCUGACCGGCGGCUUCGCCAAGGAUAUUGGUGUGACCCAGGACACGAUCAACCUGGGAAACCAGCUGCUGUUCAUGGCCAUUGUCGUCUUCGAAAUCCCUUGCAACAUGGCAUUACAGAGGAUCGGCCCGCGAAAGUGGAUGGCUGGUCAAGUCUUGAUGUUCGGCUUCGUCGCGACCAUGCAAGUCUUCAUCAAGAACCGAGGUGGCUUUCUCGCUUCACGUCUCUUUCUCGGGUUCGCCGAGUCCGGGUACAUCCCAGGAGGAGUCUACACCUUGUCAACCUGGUACACGAAGCGAGAGCUCUCCAAGCGCCUGUCCGUCUUCUUCUUCGGCAUGUUUGGUGGGAACGCCAUCAGUCCCAUUCUGGCCUCGGGUAUCCUGAAGCUGGACGGUGCUCGCGGUAUAAAAGGCUGGCAAUGGAUCUUCCUCAUCGAAGGGGUCUUCACCAUGUUCGUGUCGUUCGUUCUACUCCUCUUCCUACCCGGUAGCCCAGACGUUCCCCGACCGUUGGUGGGACCUGGUCUAGUACGGUUCUCGCCCUCGGAACAGAAAAUCUUGCAGAAAAGGUUGGAAAGGGACGACCACGACGGCAAAAGGCCAGGAGUUCAAGGACUCUCCAUCGACUGGCAUCUGGUUUCGAGGACGGUGCUGCACUACCGCCGGUGGCCGCAUUAUGUGGCCACUUUUGCGGUAUUCUCGACAUGGGCCCCGCUGACCACUUACACACCUUCCAUCAUCGUCUCUCUAGGGUUUGAUCGUAUCGCCGCAAACGCACUUGCUGCCGUGGGCGCCUCACUGGCACUCCCAAUCGUCUUCUUAUUUGGCUACCUGAGUGACCGGACCAACCUUCGUGGCGGGACCGUCAUUGCAGCCCAUGUCUGUUAUCUGAUAACACUCAUCGUUGCUCGACAGGUCCAUCCUCAUGUUGGAAAAUGGUCGAAAUGGGGCCUCUGGACUGCCGUCAAUAGCUUCGCAGUGGGCUAUCAUCCUGUUUCCAAUUCUUGGGUUCAGCUUAAUUGCCGUGAGGCUGGAGAAAGAAGUAUAGCCAUUGCGUAUCACCCCGGUUCUUUUCGUUUCCUUUCCCUUUCUCUACCGUCCCCCCUUGAGCUCAAACCAGAUGAAGAUGAAAGAAACGAGGUUAACAUGAUCUAG